AUGUCAAACCGUACGAGCCAGAGCCAGCGGCGCGCUCGCAAGGCUACCGUGCGGGCGCGUUCGCCCAGCCCAACAAAGAAGAGCCUUGAAUAUCGACAGAAUGGCAUGGCGCGUGCCCAUAUCUACGUUGACCAUAUGUUCGACCCGCCUACAAACAUUAACGCGCUUCGCUGUGACAUCGUUGAGAGUGCAUACAACAAUGCGAGCGAGCUCAAGGGCAUCCCGGUCGAGCUGAAGGAACAGGUGAGAGAAAUCGCCAAUGACUACCUAUAUCACUGCCAGAAACUGGUAAGAGACGCCAAGGACGAAGCUGAGUGGAAGAGUGCGCUUUUUGAAGGUGUUUUUCGGCGUCUCGUCAAGCUAUUGGCGCGGGACACGCUCGCGACGAGCGCAUCGGACAUGCCGUGGGGAACAGAGCUCAAGCCUCGACCACAAUCACUCCAUAAUCUGUUGUUCUUUGCAACGUCUCGGUUGAGUCCAGUAGCUGAUCUUUCGGCAACGGCCCUAGCGAGCUUCAAUCUCACCAGCCCAUCCUCUCCCACCAAACCUAGCGAAACUACAACAGUAAUCAGUGAUACUAGAGUAGUUUCCUUGCCCGAAUAUUCUAAUUCAAGAAAUCCACUUACGACUCCAAAGCCUGACAUUCUUGUCGGCCUUGCCCGGCCCUCCUUCACCGAGCCUGUGCAGCAUGGCCUACACUUCCCAUUCCUCCUUGUCGAAGCAAAGGGCUUGGCAACGAAUGGAAACAUGAUGGGCGCCGAAAACCAGGCUGCGGUAGGCGGGGCGUGUGCUAUCAACAUCUUGAGCCCAGUUUCCCACUUGCCCGUAUCAUCUUCAGUGUCUCGACUGAGGGACCACUUCACCAACUUUUCAUCCAUUAUUAUGUUGAUGGCAAGUAUCAUAUGA